ACUAUUUAAUGGCUGCCUGGUUGCCAAGAUAAAUAACUCCCUAGAUACGGAGCGAAAGUCUUCUGUCAAUGGUUGGAUUGCUGUGUAAAUUGAAACUUUUGGUAUUGUUUUAAAGGCUGAUAUUUGAUAGGAUAUAGUUUUCUCAGAGAGAAAAGAAUGGAGACGACAAAGCUCUACAUAGCGCUGGUCUCAGGCAACGAUGAAGAUGUCCUCAAACAACUACAGGAGCCUGAAGAUGACCUUGACAUUACAGCACGAAACCAAGCAGGCCAAACAUACUUGCAUCUUGCUGGGCAGAAAGUAAAAUCAAUUGAGGUCUUGAAAGCCCUACUGGAAAAAGUAGACCCCAGCGUACGAGACGAGGAGGGUAACACAGCCAUUGACCUCAUUCUGGGGGUCAAGGACUGUCCAGUCGAGGUCAAGAUGACUGUGCACGAAACACUUAAACAGAGACUCUCAGGGAAGAGCUGGACAGAGCUAGUGGCUGAGCUUCUUAAGGGCUUUCUUGAGCAGUGGAUGAUUGACCUCCUUACGGGGGAGGAGCUAUCAGAGGACAUUAAAAAGUUUAAGGAGGAAUUUCCCAAGAUGAUGGCAACCGUUGCAAGGCUACAUGCAGCGAUUGAAGGCAACAGCUUGGAACAAUUCAAUGACCUCCAGGGAGACGAGACCCUGUUGAGGGCUGGGGACCGUACAGGACUGACCCCUCUACACAAGGCCGUGGCGAUGGGUCAUAGCGAACUGGUCAAGAACAUAGUGGGAUCCUAUCCAGAAAACAUCAAAGUUUUGGACCAUAUGGGGCGUUCUGCUCUCCACUAUGCAGCUGGUCAAAAGGAAGAUGAUAUUUACAAGUUCCUAGUGGAGGCAGGGGCAGAUGAAGAGUUACUAGACUUGAACCAGAAAUCUCCCAAGGACAUAAAGGAAGACCCGCAACUCCUGCCAGGGCAGGUUACUCUAGAGAGAUUGCAGAGGAAACUGAAUCAAGUCCAGAGAGAGGUACAGGACUCCACACAGACUGCAGAGGCACCAGUUGAGGAGCAGAAGCCCCCAUCCCCAAAACCUGCCACUCCACCGCCUGCCUCUACCCAACAAACCAGGCCUGUCCAGAAUCCAAACCGUCCAGUACAGAUGUACAUCUCCCCGGACGAACGCCCCAAUCCCCCACCCACCACAGUGGACGGACGCUACGUGGCCGAACACCUGGGCAACGCACUCACGGCGGCGUUGUCAGAGAUUGCGGAAAAACGGCCAGCAGACCCUAUAGAGUUCCUGGCCAAGUGGCUGUAUAUGUACCAUGCAAAUGCUAAAUAUAACGACAAGCAAAGGGAGCUGCUUUCCCAAAUCAGGGAGGAAGAAGCUGCCAAGAGAAAGGAGCGGGAAAUCCGGGAAAAAAGGAAACAGGAGCUUCAGCAGCUCCAGGAGGAAGAAAGGAAGAAGCAGGAGGCGGCAGAGGAAGAGAAAAGGAGGAAGGAGCAGGAGGAACUCCAGCGGAAGGCUAAAGAGGCAGCCCUAUCCCAGCAGCCAGGUCUAGAGACAGUGAUGGAGGACAGGGAGGAGGAAGACGCACCCAAGGACAAACCCCACAAGGAUGUGUACGGACAGACUGAGCUGCACAAGCUAGCGGGCCAGACCGGGGCUGACCUGUUCACCCUGCUCAACAUGGGGUACAGCCCCUCAGAGCGUGAUUGUAACAACAAGACUGCCAGAGACAUUGCAGUGGAGAGCGGAGUGAGGGAAAACGUGGAAGCUAUUGACCAGUAUGUACAGAAGCUUGUGGAGAUGGGUGAGUUUGACAAGCUAGAGGACCUGAUGCUGGCUGGCUAUGACAAGUUUGAUGUUGUCCUGGCCAAGCUACAAGAGCUCACUACGAGUCUGCCUGAAAAAACGAAGGCCUUCCUCAAAGAACUACCUGAAUUUCUGGAAAAAAUCCAGGCCGUGUUCAGAGCAGUGCAAACAGGGGGUCUAGCCGACCUCAAAGUAGCCCUAGAGGUCAAGAAGUUGGCCCUGGCACAGGACCAAAGAGGUCGGUCCCUGCUACACCUAGCCAUCCUGGGGGGUCACAGGGACGUUGUGGAACAUCUCACAUCACACUUCCCCAUGGCCAUGAAGUGCAAGGAUAAUUUGGACCGGACCCCCUACCACUACGCCAUGGCUGUGUCCGAAGAAAUGGCUUCAAUACUUCAAAAGCAUGGGGCAGAUGUUUUAGCACAGGACGUGAAAAAACAGCAGCCAUCAUUCUACAAAGACCAUCCUGAGGAGAUUCUAGCCAUGAAAUCAGAGUUGACAUCUGGAUUUACUGGUACCCAGCAUGAUGCGGAAAAGGAAACCAGUCCAACUCAGGGAACCAACCAGCAGGAAACACAAGAAGAAGCAUAAAAUAGAACCAGUUACAGGAAUAUUCUGACCAGGACUGAUAUUUGCGUCUUUUUUAAUUCUAGACUAAAUUUGUUACUUAAUUUGGAGAAGUUAUAUUUUUGCUUGUGUAUAAGAUUUAUAACAAAUAUUAAUUUUUAUGUAAACACUUCUGUAUGUUUUAUAAAAUAUUACACAGAUCUAUUACGAAAACAACCUGUGCAUUCAAAUUUACCAAAGACUUUUUUUAUACUUAUUUUCAUGUUCAUAACUGUUCCACCAUUACACGGAAAAUUAAACCUUUUUCUUGCAUUUGUUAUACUAAUAUGCUAAUUUAAAGCAAGCUUGUAACUACAAAAAAAAGUAAAUAUUACAUGUUUUCAAAUGCUGUCUUAUUUGUUUACAUAUAACAAUAUUAGAAAUAUAAACAAUGAAACUUUGUAAAAUGCUUGAUAAUUCAUAUUGAUUUUAAGAACAGGGUAGUUUGAGAAAUUUAAGUAUUUUUUUUUUUCAAUGUGUAUAUUUAAUACUUUUUACUUCUUUGAUACAAACAUUUUAGAGAGCCAUUCACGUACUUACUUGUGCAAAAUCAUUUCAUCCAUAAAUUAAUGUGUACGCAAUAGUCUUUUUUUAGACAUAAUUUAUUUUUUCAAUAUGCAUUUUUUUUACUAUGCAUUUCUUUUAACUACAUGUGUAUAUACAGAGCUCCAGAUAAGGGUCGUAUUUUCGUAAUUACGAAUUAUUUUCAAGUCCGUUACGCAUUUAUUUUAAAAUCUUGUCGUACCAUUAAGAAUUACAAAAUAAAGUUACGAAUAUUAUUUUUACAUUGGUUCAUAUCGAUUUUUAUUGAGUUCUUUUCGCGUAUUAAAGAUCUUUGCGGUGCUUAUAUAGAAUGGUUAUCGUGUUUGUUUAACAAAGCGCAUUUUUUCCAAUAAAAGCGGUGUAUACAGUCUAUCUGUCAAAAAACAAUGGCGGGGCCCAGAGAGCGUCCUAAAAAACUGCAAAGCGUCCAAAAACACGCUUUUAACAUAUUGUACACAAAGUGAGCCGAAGUUAAAUGUUUAGAAAGAUAUUAUAGAAAAGAUCUUAUACGAUGUUGUAUGUUCAGUUGCCGACACAGUCGGAAAUGCUAAACAAAAACGCGACACGACGGGUCCAAACUUAAACACAAAAAAAACAUUAAACGAGUGGAAGGGACAAGUCCCGUGGUUAAUCGUUGAAAAGAUUGAAGGGGAGACCCGUUUUAAUUGUGAAAUAUGUAAAAAUUCAUCUAAGGCAUGCAAUCUAAGCACAGUUUGGGCAUAUGAAGGUAUUUGAAAAAUAAAAUUGUAUAAUACUGAAAAGACACUGUUGAACUCGUAUAAAUAAAGUUGUUAGUAUGUUUAUUUUGAUUUUUUUUGCAUGAAAAUAACCAUUAUUAUUGAUUUUUAGGUCAUUUAGAAAAAUUAAGAAUUAUUUUCCAAAACUUAGUAGUAACAUUAAGAAUAAAAUUUCAGAAUUAAGAAUUCUUUUUGAAAAUCUGGUAGUAAUUUAAGAAUUUCACAAAACCUUAUCUGGAGCUCUGGUAUAUAUAUAUAUAUAUAUAU